UAAGUCUUCGAUCAUUCCUUUAUAUUGAUUGGUUAAGAUACAAUGUUUGCCGUUCAACCUGGUGACAUCUUCGUUUGCUGCUACAAUCGCCAAUCCGAUAUCCUGCCAUUCCACUAUGCCCUUGCAAUUUACAUUCAUGGCAACACAUUCCGCGUCUUCCAAGCUGUAAAUCCUUCUAUAACUUUGUGGAAAUACGAGACAAAGGACAGCUAUGUUCUGUCUUCUCAAAGAUUGGCAGCAGUCAAUAAAAUUGGGAAUCUUGAGCGUUCAGGCAAGACAAUAUCAGAUAUUGAUGCUUUGCUUUCUGUCGUUGAGCAUCGCACUCCGAAGGACCACGGUGGUCGCAAAGUAACCUACAACUGCAUCAUCUGGACUAAAGUCGCCCUUCGCAAACUUUGUGAUGCCGAAGUCAUCAGGCUCACGGUUGGGGACGUGUCGGACGUGCUCGACGAAUCUCAUGCCUUCGCACUGGAGGCAAAGGCUACUGACAGCUCUGUCCGCAAGGUCUCUCGAUACGCACGAUGAAGAAGAACUUCUUAAAGUUACUUCCAUGCGGCGCAUAAACCAUGCAUGUACUGUCAAGGGUUUAAGUCUGAGCGUGUUGAAGGCGCGGAGCCAUCAUGUUCUCGACCGCUAUACUGUUGUGUUAAUACGAACGUCCUACUUUGUAGGUUUCACCGCUGUGGUAGUGUAAAAUGCGCUAACGAUAUUGAUUGAUAUUCGACAGGGCUUUUAUAUUACAGAUGGUCUCUCGGAGCAGCAUUCGAUUGGACUCCGUCUCUCUCUCAUGCACAUUUCUUCCUUCUCUCCUUUUGUUGUAUCUGUAUGCCCCUUCAUCCAUAGUUCUCAGCCUCGGUUUCCUUUCCCAUUCCCCUGGUCAGACAAGUUGUCUCUCAUGGUCGGUCUUGGAGUUAGUUAACACAUGCGCCUGGUCUUCAACCCUUCGCGUCGCUUGGUCAACGUACGCGCACGUAAAUAAAGGGUGAAUUCCAUUGUAGCCGUUGACUUUCCCCUCGACCAGCCAAUAGGAUUCGACGCGUUUGUUCCUUGCACCACAAAACAAAACAAUUCCUCGUAAUUUCCUUAUUCGAAUAAAACCAGAUCCUUCUUUUGACAGCUCUUGUAUUUGGUUCCCUCGUUAGAUUACCUCCCGUCUUUCUCCUCCUUCUUCGCUUCGUUUCAACCUUCUACGAUGCUACGGAAUUCCCAGCCAAUAGCACGGCUUGAGGGAGUCUCCCCAGAUGUAUAUAUACAGUCUCGAACGCGAAACAAGCAUCUUCUUUUCCCCUU